CCGCCGCGGCCCGAGGAGGGUGCGGGGGGCGCGGGGGCCGGGCCGGGAGAUGCGGGAGGGCGUGCGGGAGCCGCGCACAAGCCCCGGAGGGCAGAUUUCCCGCGGAAGCGGAAGCGCAGCCGCUGGAACCAGGACUCGCUGGACCAGAAGACGGUGAUCCCGGGGAUGCCCACGGUGAUCCCGCCCGGGCUGACGCGGGAGCAGGAACGCGCCUACAUCGUGCAACUGCAGAUCGAAGACCUGACCCGCAAACUGCGCACGGGAGACCUGGGCAUCCCCCCUAACCCCGAGGACAGGUCCCCCUCCCCGGAGCCCAUCUACAACAGCGAGGGGAAGCGCCUGAACACGCGCGAGUUCCGCACGCGCAAGAAGCUGGAGGAGGAGCGGCACAACCUCAUCACCGAGAUGGUGGCCCUGAACCCCGACUUCAAGCCCCCGGCUGACUACAAGCCGCCGGCGACACGAGUGAGCGACAAGGUGAUGAUCCCGCAGGACGAGUACCCCGAGAUCAACUUCGUGGGGCUCCUCAUCGGGCCCAGGGGGAACACGCUGAAGAACAUCGAGAAGGAGUGCAAUGCCAAGAUCAUGAUCCGGGGCAAGGGCUCGGUGAAGGAGGGCAAGGUGGGCCGCAAGGACGGGCAGAUGCUGCCGGGCGAGGACGAGCCCCUGCACGCCCUGGUCACUGCCAACACCAUGGAGAACGUCAAGAAGGCUGUGGAGCAGAUCCGGAACAUCCUGAAGCAGGGCAUCGAGACCCCCGAGGACCAGAACGACCUGCGCAAGAUGCAGCUGAGGGAGCUGGCGCGGCUCAACGGGACCCUGCGGGAGGACGACAACAGAAUCCUGCGGCCGUGGCAGAGCACCGAGACCCGCAGCAUCACCAACACCACCGUGUGCACCAAGUGCGGCGGCGCUGGGCACAUCGCCUCUGACUGCAAGUUUGCCAGGCCCGGGGACCCGCAGUCUGCGCAGGACAAGGCGCGCAUGGACAAGGAGUACCUGUCGCUCAUGGCCGAGCUGGGCGAGGCCCCCGUGUCCGUCAGCUCCAACGCCGCCCACAACAACAGCCCCUUGUCCAGCAGCCACCGCGCCGCCAGCCAGGCUGGGGGGCAGCCCCCCCCGAGCCGCCCCCCCUGGAUGAGCUCGGCGCCCUCGGAGAACCGCCCCUACCAUGGGCUGCAUGGGGGACCAGGGGGGCCAGGGGGCCCCCACAGCUUCCCCCACCCCAUGGCCAGCAUGGGGGGGGGGCAUGGGGGGCACCCACUGCAGCACACCCCAAACGGGCCUCCCCCCUGGAUGCAGCCCCACCACCCCCCCAUGGGGGGGGGCCCCCACCCCCCUGGGCACCCCGGCCCCCACCACAUGGAUCAGUACCUGGGAAAUGCGCCGGUGGGCUCUGGGGUCUAUCGCCUGCACCAGGGAAAAGGUAUGAUGCCGCCGCCGCUGGGUAUGCUGCCCCCGCCGCCCCCCCCGCCCGGUGGGCAGCCGCCCCCCCCCUCCGGCCCCCUCCCUCCCUGGCAGCAGCAGCCGCCGCCGCCCCCCAGCAGCAGCAGCACCCCCUUGCCCUGGCAGCAAAAUACGACGACCACCACGAGCGCUGGCAACGCCUCCCUCCCGCCCUGGCAGCAGCAGGCGGGGGCGGGUGCGGCGGGGGGGGGGGCGGCUUCUUCGGGGGCCCCCCCGCUCCCCGGCAGCCCCUCCAUGGUGCCUUUGCCCCCCGGGGUGCAGCCCCCGCUGCCCCCCGGGGCCCCCCCGCCCCCCCCGCCGCCGCCUGGCUCCGGGGGCCUGAUGUACGCGCCCCCCCCCCCCCCGCCGCCCCCCCCCAUGGACCCUUCUAACUUCGUCACCAUGAUGGGCAUGGGGGUGCCCGCCCUGCCCCCCUUCGGCAUGCCCCCCGCGCCCCCCCCGCCGCCCCCCCAGAACUGAGCCUCGGACUCGGCCGCUGCGGGAGCCCCCCGGACUGAUCCACUGCGGGGAGUCCCCCCCGGACUGAUCCAUUGGUGGGAGGCCCCAAAACACCGUGGGCAGCCCCCCCAAAAGACCAUAGGGAGCACCCCCAGAGUGAUCCAUUGUGGGGAGCCCCCCUGCCCCCCACCAUGAACUGAUUGAUUUUGGGGAGGCCUGUCCCCCUCAUUGGCUGUUCCAAGUGGCCCCCCCGAACCUCCCCCCGGGACCACCUUGUGAACUGGUUUGACCCCCACCCAAUACCCCCAAAUCAGGGGGGCCCUGAACUGCGGGGGUGGGGGGCAGGGGCUGUAACUUGGGUGCUGAUGGUGGGGAGGUCAGCGGCACCCACCUGAGCCCCCCCCAGUCUCGGGGUUCUCCUGACCUGUGUCACCCCCUCGCUUCGUUCUGGGCCCCCCCAUCGCCCCGCUGUAGAGCCGCCCCCUUCACCCUCCCACGCUUUCUUUUGUGUAUGAAUAAAGGAGCGGGACCCCCCAGCUGGGCCCCCCCUCAC